CGCACGCACGCACAGUGGUUCCCCCACUGCGCUGCAUGGACAGGUAGGCCCCUCCCCCCCGGGUCUCGUCACGUCAGAUGCCCCUGUGGCUGUAGGCCAGGAGGGAAGCGGGGCCCCACCACCCGCAUUUCGACAUAAACGCUGCCUCCAUCGCUACCGCCGUCCCGCGCUCCGUUCGACGGCCCGGCCCCCAAAAGCGAAACCCGAGAUCGCCGCACCCACACACCACCACCACCCGGCAGGAGCAGCAGAGCGCACAGCACCAGCGCGCGGUCGAGACCCGCGAGCGCGCGCCGCCAUCAUGGCGCCGGCACCCUCCUCCUCCAGGACCAGGGCCCUCCCCCCCGCCAUCCUGUACAUCCUCCUGUCCCUGCAGAUCGCCGCGGCGGCCGCGGCCAUGGACCCCGUCGAGCGGGAGACGCUGCUCCGCGUCAUGGAGUCCGUCUCCUCCGACCGCGACUGGCGCGAGGCCGCCGGCGCCGACCCCUGCGGCUCGCCGUGGCCGGGGCUGGAGUGCAGGCCCGGGGCCGCGCCCGGCCCAGGCGGCGGCGCGGCGCGGAUGCACGUGUCGCGCCUCGACUUCGGGGUGCCGCCCAACCCGACGUGCAAGGACACGGCCACGUUCCCGGCCGCCGCGUUCGCGCUGCCGGAGCUCCGCGCGCUGUUCCUCGUCGGCUGCUUCAAGAACCCCGACGCCGUGGCCGCCUUCGCCCUGCCGCCGGCGUCCAACCUCUCGUCCUCGCGCCUGCAGCAGCUCAGCGUCCGCGCCAACCCGUCGCUGUCCGGCGCGCUGCCGCCGCAGCUGGCCAGCAUGCGGUCGCUCCAGGUGCUCACCGUGUCGCAGAACGCGCUCAUCCGUGGCGCCGUCCCCAACGGCAUCGGCGCGCUCGCCAGCCUCGUGCACCUCGACCUCAGCUACAACUCCCUCACCGACCCCAUCCCGAGCCGGCUCGGCGGCCUGCGCCGCCUCGUCGGCCUCGACCUCAGCUACAACUCCUUCUCGGGCCGCAUCCCCAGCCGCCUCGGCGACCUCGCCCAGCUGCAGAAGCUGGACCUCAGCUCCAACAACCUCACCGGCGGCGUCCCGCCCGCCAUCACCCGCCUCAGGGCGCUCACCUUCCUGGCGCUCAGCAACAACGGCCUGCGCGGCCGCCUCCCCGCCGGCCUCUCCGGCCUCCGCGACCUGCAGUACCUCAUCAUGGAGAACAACCCGAUGGGCGUCCCGCUGCCGCCCGAGCUGGGCAACAUCGCGCGGCUGCAGGAGCUCCGCCUCGCCAACUCCGGCUACUCGGGCUCCAUACCGGACACGUUCGGCCUCCUGUCCAGCCUCACCACGCUGUCGCUGGAGAACAACAGCCUCACCGGACGCAUCCCGGCGGGGCUCAGCCGCCUGAAGCGCAUGUACCACCUCAACCUCAGCAAGAACGGGCUGGACGGCGUCGUCCCUUUCGAUAGCGCGUUCCUCAGGCAGCUCGGCCGGAACCUGGACCUGAGCGGCAACCCGGGCCUGUGCGUCACCGACCGGGCCGUCGUGCCGGACGUGGGCGUCGGAGUCUGCGGCGGCGACGUCGCCUGCGAAAGCUCAGCCGCCGCGGAGAGCUCGCUUGUCGGGAGAGUGGUCAGGAGAGAGGUGACGAGGGGUCGCUGGCCGGCCGGGCUGCUCAGGCCCGCCGCGGUAGCGCUGUGCAGCUGCGGCCUUUUGCUCUGAGCUCUGAUCAUCUAGUGUGGGUGCAUUGCGUUGCAUGCAUUCUUUGCCACAUCUCUAAUUCUCUGUACGUAGUUUUCUUGCUGUAAUUCGCGCAGUUGAUGGUGUGACAAGUGUAGUUGCGACUCGUGACAACAAGUCUAGGGAAGGCCUCGUUUGAACAUAGUGGUAUUCAUCUUAAUCCGCAUUUGUUGACGUGAAUUGACAUAGGUAUACUUUGAUCAACUCCAAUAC